AUGGCAAGAGUAGAAAACAAUCCUGAUUCUUUACCUAUAAACAUUCCAUCACGUCAUCAAAGACGAAGUGAAACAGGAAACAAUUUAACCAACGUUGCAUCUUCUCUAACCGGUGCAUUACAAUCAUGGACAAGGAAUUAUAGUCUCACCGCAAGUACCUACACGAGCAACAAUUUUGUCGUUCCAGUUUCAUUUAUCGGAAGCAAUUAUGAACAAGCGGGAACGUUUGGACAAAUUUAUUAUUAUAGACCGGGAGGACUAAUUCAAAAUCCAGGACCAUCUUCAAUUCAAAGUUAUAACACAAUAUCUCCUUCACCUCAUAGCCCCCCCUCAAAUUAUGGAUCAAUUACACAAGAUGCUCAAGAUGUUUAUGAUUCAAAGUUAAUUUCUGCUAAUACAAAUCAAAUCGGAGAAGAUUUAUUUGGAAUCUCAUUUACCGAUAAUAAUACUGCUGACGAUCAUAAGAUACGUCCAACGAUAAUUUCUGAGCAUACUCCUAUCGUUCGAAAAGAUUUAAAGGGUUCAUACGUUUUAGCUUCAUCAUCUACAGAUAAAGAAAUUCCUGAGCGAGUUGAGACAAAUUUUCGACAAUCAAUUUUCAAUUCUUGCAACAAUUUCAUCGGAGCUAAUGCGUUUGGAGAAAAAUCAAGAAUUUUUAUCUCGGUACUGUUCUGUCUUGAACUUUUAACUUUGGCUGUAGCACUUAUUAUCUUGAUCGGAGAUUCAUUAUACGCGAUCUUCCCGGAUGUACCCUUAAUGUUACUAAAAGUUAUCGCAUGGAUGAUCAUGACACCAUUAACUUUGAUUACCAUAAGACAUUUUUCAUAUUUAACAUUGUUUGGUAUAUUAAGUGCCAUAUGUUUGGUAAGUUUUAUGAUAAUCGAUGGAUUUGCGAAACAUGAAAGACCUGGUAGUUUAAUUGAUCCCAUGGAAACCGAUAUCUUCCCUUUCCGGUGGUACAACGUGCCAAUGAGCUUUGGACUGAUCAUGGCUGGAUUCACGGGACACGUCAUAUUUCCAAAUGUAUAUCGAGAUAUGCAAAAUCCAAAACAAUAUCCGAGAGUGGUUAAUUGCACUUAUGUAUUAACAGCUGCUUUAAAAUUCCUUAUUGCAGUAUGCGGUUAUUUAAUGUUUGGCAAUACUGUCAUGCAAGAAGUUACACAAAACUUAAUUGCAACGCAGGGUUGCAAUCGCAAACUUGAACAAUUUAUGAUUUGGCUAGUGGUGGUAUAUUCGAUAUCAAAAUAUGCAUUCAUUAUGAAUCCCAUCAACUUAACAUUUGAAAUUUAUUAUCAUUCAAUUCCACGAUUAGAAGGUUUGUGUAAGAGUGGUAGAGGACGUCAAGUUGCACUUAGAACAUUUACUCGUAUAUCAUUAUCAGCUAUUGUAUUGUUAGUCGCAUUACAAAUACUUGAAUUUGAAAGAGUUGUAGGUGUGUUGGGAAGCUUUUUCUCUUUAUUCAUGUCUGUUAUAUUUCCUUGUACUGUCAAUUUAAAAUUAUUUGGAAGGAGGAUGAGUUGGAAAGAGAAAACUUUGAAUAUAUGUCUCCUUAUUGUUUGUAGUAUUUUAAGUGCUUUGGGAACUAUCUGGUCUUUCUUACCUACUCAACAAGAACAGCAAGAUCAUCAAAAUAGGGGAUUUUAA